GGAUAGAUCGGGUGGUUCUACACGAUCGUCGUCGCCGUCCACAUUCGAAACGCUCCAAGCCAUGCGUGACACUUUCUCCGGCUGUGGUAGCGGAAAACGGUGCAAUUCCGAGUGCAAGUGUUUGCGAUCGUAAAUAUUAGCCCAGAAAGCUUUGUUUUGUAAACGGUUUAUGGAGUAUCUCGUUAUAAUUUAUAUCAUAUUGCGGGUGCCCGGCAAGGCCUUAAACGUUGUUAGUUGUGAACGAACGUGAGAUAAAGCUGUAAGCCUUACUCAAACCGCGGAGAUAAGUUCUUGGCAUCGAUAGCUAGCUACAUAGAUAGUAACACAAAAUGACCGUCCCUACCGAACCACAGCAGACAGCCGUCGUCAGCCGCUUGGCCAACAGCCAAAAGAACGGAGUCCACACGAGAGGUCAAGUCAACCAGGCGUACGAAUUAAAUGACGUCGAACACGGCGCCAACGGCUCACCACCGGAUGGCAAGGCAGCAAAUGACUCCCAGCCAGAUGGCGGUGGAGGUGGUGGACAUGGCAUCGAUACCGCCCAUCCCACCAACUAUUUGGAGACCAUCAUGCACAUCUUCAAAGGCAACGUCGGUCCCGGCCUGUACGCUAUGGGCCAAGCAUUCUACAACGGAGGCAUCAUCGUGUCACCGAUACUGACGGUCCUUCUCGGCAUCGCGUGCAUCCACAUUCAACAUCAGCUGCUGAACGCUGCAAAGAAGAUCAGAUGCAAAUUACCCGAUUCGACCAAAUAUCCAGAUUUUGCUGAAACGGUCGAACUAUGCUUCGAGCAUGGCCCAGUGAAGUUUCGACGAUGGAGCCGACCGAUGCGACUUGCCGUCAACGUGUUCAUUUGCGUUACCCAGUUUGGAUUCUGUACGGUGUACUUCGGAUUCAUCAGUAAUAAUUUAAAACAAAUCUACGACUUCUACGGCAUCCACCUGGAUAUCCGGCUGCACAUGCUCAUCAUCCUGGUGCCGAUCCUGUUGCCUGCACUGAUCCGCAACUUCAAAUACCUCGCAUGGUGUAUGACACUGGCCAACGUCGGCAUGGUCCUUGGUAUUUGCCUCACAGCGUACUACGCCGUCCAGGAUCUUCCGUCGAUCACCGAACGUGACUAUUUUUCUAGCUGGCGCCAGUUACCACUCUACUUUGGCACUGCCAUUUUCGCUUUCGAAGGAAUCGCUCUGGUGCUUCCACUGCAGAAUGCUAUGAAGAACCCCGAGGACUUUGGGCGGCCUCUGGGUGUGCUCAACGUAGGGAUGGGCAUUGUCACGUUCAUCUUUACCGGACUGGGCUUCGUUGGCUAUCUCAAAUGGGGUGACGGAGUGAAGAGUAGCUUGACACUCAACUUACCACAGGAUGAAGUGCUCGCACAGAGUGUGAAAGUUAUGGUUUCCUUUGGAAUUUUACUCGGGUACGCACUUCAGUUCUUCAUUGCCAUACAGAUCAUGCUACCUACGGUGCUGAAGAAAGUCAGCUUAGGAAAGGACCAUCCGGUGCUGGUGGAAUUGGGCUUCAGAACAUUUAUGGUUCUGAUCACAUUCGCCAUCGCAGAGAGUAUUCUCAAUGUUGGAGCGCUAAUCUCACUGAUUGGAGCAUUGUGCUCCACGGCACUGGCCUUGGUAUUUCCACCGGUCCUGGAACUGAUCCUGGGACUGGCUGAGAGCGAGUGCCCAUCCUCUGAGGGAACAUCAACCGAUGCACAACCAACUAGGAUGAGUAUAUUUGUUUGGGUAAAGAAUAUCUUGAUUUUGGUGCUAGCAUUGUUUAUCUUCAUUACUGGAACGGUCGAAAGUUUGGAUGCAAUUCGGCAUUUGGAGUAAUUUUGUGAUAUAAAUUUUUAAGAAA